GUCCAGAUUUGGUUAUUGAUGGAUGCAUAACUCAUGGUUAUGCACGCUAUCUUGAGCCUUUUUUUCCCCUCUUGCAUCUAUCUCGUUCCCUUCGCUAGAAAAACGACGACAACUCUCAUCUCCUUUUCUUUCCUUUCUCCUCCAAACCCACGAAUCCCCCAAACCGAACCAAAAAGGGCUUCACCUUCUUCUUCUUCUUCUUCUUCUGUUCGAUUUACCCCUCUCCCUCUCUUUACUUCUGGAAACAAACGAGCGAAGCGAAGACAAUACUUUUGCCGGCGGCGACUGGAGUCGAACACCGCCGACGUUGACAAUGACGACGACGGGAGACGCCGUUUCACAACGGCGACGAAGCUGAGUGGUGAUUUUUUUUUUAUCUUACAUGGCGAUCUCUCUGAGGGUUUCGUUUGAUUCUGGUUUUGGGAAGUUAUACCUGAGGUUUUCUUUCAUUUCUGGUUUUAAUGGCAGACGAAGGAGGAAGAGAAGGCCGACGACGAGGAGGGGUGACGCCGUUUCACCACGGCGACGAAGGUGAAUGGCGAUUUGUUUAUGUUACAUAUCGAUUUCUCUGUGGUUUUCAUUUGAUUCUGUUUUUGGGAAGUUAGAUCUGAGUUUUUCUUUGAUUUAACCUUCCUUCGAUAUGACUUGGUUAGGAAUCUCAAAUUUGGUUGAGUUAUGGAUGGUUUAGAUUUAGUAGAAUCGCUAGAUCUGUCCUAUCAUACCAAUUAAGGGGUCGUUUGCUUCAAGGAUUUGGUACAUGGAUUUGGUACCAAAAAAUCAAUUAUCAAGGAUUUAGGUACAAUCCGUUGUUUGCUUGCACCUUUUUUAGAGACCAAAUCCGUGGGGCCCACGAAUUUUAAGGGUCCAAAUCCGUGGACCCCACGGACUUAUAAAUCCCACAUGUUGAUGUGGGAUUUGGAAUAUGGCAUAAAUUCUUGAUGACAUUUUACCCAUAUACCCUCAUGCACUUUUAAUAUUCCAAGGUUGCCCUCAAAUUUAACUAUUAUACAUUAUAAUUAACAAUAAAUGAAUAAUAUAAACGUUCAAUUAAUGUGCAAACAUGAGUUAGAAGUUAAAACGGAAUUUUCUCGUUUAUUAUUAUUGUCCAUGUGGCAACAUUAUUAUUGUCCAUGUGGCAACAUUACGUUAAAAGUUAAAACGGAAUUUUCUCGUUUAUUAUUAUUGUCCAUGUGGCAACAUUAUGCUUAUUAAUAUGUAUUGUCCUUGUUUUGUGUACAUAUCAUAAACAUGUCAAACAUAUAGAAAAUGAUAGUAAGGUAAUUUUGAAGUUUUGUCCUUGUUUUGUGUACAUAUCAUAAACAUGUCAAACAUAUAGAAAAGGGCAAUAAUGUAAUUUUUGACUUCAAGUAAUAAAUCCCACACCUUUAAAUCCAUGAUAAAAACAUCCCAACAAACAAAGGAUUGUUACAAAUCCAUGAUGCCUCAAAUCCUUGAUAAAUCCUUGGGUUUUUAAAUUACAAAACCCUCGUUUAUAAAUCCAUGAAGCAAACGACCCCUAAAAUAAGUUUACCCAACUGAAUGGUUUUCGAUUCAUGUUACAUGAGUUUGAAUGAUUCUAUAUUUCUGAUGGCUUUAAUUUUAUCCAAGAUUCAGAUUGCUGGGUUGUGGAUUUUGGGUUUCGGGUUCUGGUCGUUGUUCCUAUGUUUUGGUCCGGAUAUGGGUUUGUACAUGCUCACCUUUGAUAUAAGGAGGAUAUUCUUGUUCGACUUGUUUACCAUUAAAAAAUCUGAAAUCCAGGGAGAAAGAAUGUCUGGUAAAUGUUGCGUGGUGACCGGAGGCAGGGGCUUUGCCGCCAGGCAUUUGGUGGAUAUGCUCAUCAGAUCAGACAAGUUCCUCGUUCGGAUAGCUGAUCUACCUCCCGCCAUCGACCUCUCCCCGGAGGAGGAGAAUGGAGACCUCGGUCGUGCAUUGGAAUCCGGCCGCGCUUCCUACGUCUCUAUGGAUCUCCGCAACAAGCCCCAAGUCCUCCAAGCUCUUAAAGGAGCCGAGGUUGUUUUCCACAUGGCGGCCCCGCAUUCAGGUAUCAACAACUAUCAGCUCCACUAUUCAGUCAACGUGGAAGGGACCAAGAACGUGAUUGAUGCUUGCGUCGAGCUUAAAGUGAAGAUCCUAAUCUUCACUAGCUCUGCUAGUGUGGUUUUUGAUGGGAUUCAUCCAAUCUUCAAUGGAGAUGAAGCAUUGCCGUAUCCACCCAAGCCUCUUGAUUCCUACUCCGCGACUAAAGCAGAAGCGGAGGCUGCUGUUCUUAAGGCAAAUGGUACUAAUGGGCUUCUUACUUGCUCCUUACGUCCUAGUAGCAUAUUUGGUCCUGGAGAUAAAUUGUUUAUUCCUUCUCUUGCUGAGUCGGCGAGGGCUGGCAAAUCCAAGUUCUUAAUUGGUGAUGGUAACAACGUCUACGACUUCACGUAUGUUGAGAAUGUGGCACAUGCUCACAUAUGUGCUGAACAAACUUUGUCAUCAUCAGGGGAGGCUGCAGAGAAAGCUGCAGGGCAGGCAUAUUUUAUAACCAACAUGGAGCCUAUCAAGUUUUGGGAGUUCACUGGAAAUGUUUGUGCAGGUCUUGAUUAUGAGAGGCCAAGGAUCAAGGUUCCUGCUGUUGCUGUAUUGCCAGUUGCUCAUGCAAUUCAGUGGGCAUAUAAUCUACUCGGCACAUAUGGGAUGAAGCUCCCAGUGCUGAUUCCUUCAAGAAUUAGGCUUCUUUCUGGCAACCGAUCAUUUAGUUGUGCAAAGGCUCAUGAACGUCUUGGCUAUACACCAAUUGUAUCACUCGAGGUUUGGCAACAUUCUGCUGUGAUUCAAUUUCUUUAUUUAGUGCAAACAAGGGCUUGGUCCAGUGUUAUUGUCAUUGGUCUUGAACCUGGAGGUCUCAUGUUCGAGUCCCUUCAGUAGCACCUAAUUAAAAAAACUAACAUAUAUCAUCCUUAUAAAAAGAAUUCUCUAUUCAGUGAUGUUAUGCAUUGUUUUGUGAAUAAAGGAAAUUAUCCUUGUACAACUUCCACAAAAGUUGGAUAGUAUAAAAUUACGAAGUUCAAUCACCUCCAGAUGUCCUAACUUAUUACUGUGAAAUUGUUAAAUAUCUCUUCAACGUAAAUAAGUGUCCGUCAAACUGUUUUUCCAUGCAAACCCAGUCUUGGUAUACGGAGCUUGGUCUCAUUUAAUCCGCAUGGUGAAAUAAUAAGUCUGUUUUUCACAUUUCCUCUCUUGGGUCAGACUAAUUGUGCUUUAAUGUCUUUGUAUAACUGGUCUCCGAGCUUAUAAUUACCCUGUUUAUUUGCUGUGCCAGCUAAUAAUAUAUAUUAACAGCUACAAGUGGAGGCACAUAAAUAAGAAACAACUUAUACAGCAGUACCUGUGCAGUUGAGUUUAUCUUUUUCGAUUGCAGGAUGGUUUGAAAAGGACUAUUGAGUCAUUUUCACAUCUUAAUGCUGAGAAUCAACCUAAAAGAGAUGGGCCAUCUAAGGCUUCAUUAUAUCUUAGAAAUGGAAGAGGUAUGAUUGUUAAAUUAUUUGCUAUAAUUGUUAGAGUGUGUCUUUCACGUUGUGCCAAGAGGGAGAAACAAAUGUGCAGACUGGGUCAUGAAAUUCAGAGCUAAUUGGACCUUCCUAAUUAUUGAAUUCAUAUCUAGAUCUCUUUUACCACCUGAUGUAAUAUACUUAGCUUGUACUUCAACCGCAGUUACAAAUGUGAUGGAAACCCGACUAGUGGUGCCGGAGCCCUUUUGUUUUUUUUACUAUUAUUAUUUUGUUGAGUUAUUUUUCAGAACAACUAUUUAAGGAUUAAGACAUUGUUAUUUUAGAUGAUGAAAGAACAAUAUUGAAUAUGUAAUUUCUCAACUCUCCUUCUCUUCUCUUCCUUCCGCUUCUUCCCCCAAAUUCCCUUAUCAAUUCUGCCUCAAUUGCUAAUUUCUCUUCUCAAUCCCUAAUACCUGUCAUUGCAAUUAUCAUUUGCAGUUGCUGACACACUACUUUGGAAGGAUACCAAGAAGACACUCAUCGUGUUGCUAGUUCUAAUGGGGAUUUACUACAGUUUCAUUUCGUCUAAUUCUACCAUUAUUACUGCGACUUCAAAGCUUCUCUUGAUGGCAGCAAUUUUUCUAUUCGUCCACGGCAGAUUACCUGAGAAAAUGUAUGUCCCUUAUCUCUUCCUUUCAGUUCAGUCCUAUGUUGAUUUUCGUGCGACUAUAAGUGUGCAGUUGCCAUUGAUUUGAUGUCUUUGGAUGGGUAUCGCUGGAUGCACAACCCAUUUGCUUCUUACUGCCUUAAAGUCUAGAACAAGCAGCUUUGAGUUUGACCAACAGAAAAGUAUGAUUUGUGUUUGUAUUAUACUCCAAUCUCUUGGUGUAAAUUUGGAAGGUAGACUAUUCUUCAUCUAGAUUAAAUGCAGCGCUAACUAAUAUAAAGCCACAUUGAAU